AUGGCCGCCCGGGCAGACAGGAAGUCCAAGGUCUUUAGUCGGCGAGAGAUCGAAGCUCAGAUUGCCAAUGGCCGCUCGAUUGUCAUCGUAGACAACAAGGUCUUGAAGGUAGAUGCAUGGCUACCCUACCACCCUGGCGGUGAUAAAGCCAUUCGGCACAUGGUGGGACGCGAUGCAACAGACGAGGUCACUCGUUUCCACUCUGCCCAAACGCUCGAGCUCAUGAACCGCUACCAAAUCGGCCGCAUCGAAGGACGAUGGACCAACUUCCUACCGCCGAUGCAAGGAGGAAAGUUCAGGACACAGGAAGAGCUGGACAAGCUUUCUGAGGAAGAAUACAUGGAAUCAUGUUCGGUUUCAGAACAGGAGACUGCAAGCUCAGCUUCUUCUGCCAACAGCAGCCCUCUUUUUGAACCGGUGGACCGAUCUUCCGCUUCAAUUCGCAAGCGCAACGGAGCCGACAUUGGUAGAGCCUCCUCAAGCUCUAGUGUCUCAUCGGUCGAACUAGAAGAUGUCGUCGCUCCGAAGAUGUCAGUACUUGAUAGACGGACUCAGGAAGAGCUCAAUUUCGACAAGGCCAAAUACCCGUCUCUAGAUCCAGCCACCCAAGAUCACAUCACACAAAAGUACCGCGAGCUACAAGAGCGUAUAAAGCAGGAAGGCCUCUACGAUUGCAACUAUACCGCCUACGGUAUCGAAUGCCUACGUUAUGGCUCCUUCUUAGCCGGAUUCCUGUUUUUGUUAUCAUCUGGCUGGUAUAUUACUAGUGCCAUCCCGCUUGCAUGCCUUUGGCACCAGCUUACAUUCACGGUCCAUGAUGCCGGACACAUGGGCAUCACCCACGAUUUUACGACCGAUUCCACCAUCGCAAUGUUCAUUGCCUCGUACGUAGGCGGGUUGAGCGCUUGCUGGUGGAAAUACAACCAUAACGUGCACCAUCUUGUUACGAACCACCCCGAACACGAUCCCGAUAUUCAAUACAUUCCCUUCUUCUCUAUCACGCAUCGAUUUAUGGAGAGUCUCACCACGACCUUUUACGAGUGGGUCAUGGAAUACGAUGCCUUCGCAAAGUUCAUGAUCCGAAUUCAACACUACACCUACUACCCGAUCAUGCUGUUCGCACGCUUCAAUCUGUAUAGAUUGUCUUGGAUGUAUCUGCUCCUUGGAAAGGGCCCCAAGAAAGGGCCUGCAUGGUGGCACCGAUACUUUGAGUUGAUAGGCAUGGCAUUUUUUUGGACCUGGUUCGGCUACGGGGUGGUGUACAAGUCCAUACCUGACAACUGGAGUCGGUUCUGGUUUGUUAUGAUUGCCCACGCACUUACGUCUCCACUCCAUGUGCAAAUCACGUUGUCCCAUUUCGCUAUGAGUACAGCGGAUCUAGGUAUCCACGAGUCAUUUGCUCAGAAGAUGCUUCGCACAACGAUGGAUGUUGACUGCCCUCAGUGGUUGGAUUUCUUCCACGGUGGCCUUCAGUUCCAGGCCAUCCACCAUCUGUAUCCACGGAUCCCCCGUCAUAACCUAAGACAAACCCAGAAGUUGGUUCAGGAGUUCUGUAACGAGGUCGACAUUCCGUAUGCGCUAUAUGGUUUCCUCGAUGGCAAUAAGCUGGUCGUUGGGCGACUUGCUGAUGUAGCAAGACAGGCUGCCAUCUUUGCUGAAUGCCAGAGGACGAUUGCUGCGGAAGGAGAUUAUGGAAUGCAUUGA